AUGAUUUUGAAAAGCAAUUUAGAAGAAAUUGAGUUUCUCAAUGAGCAUUGGAUGUUUAGACAUGCUUACCCACUUGAGUUUCAUAAGUUUUUUCUCGCAAUUUUAACAUUAGUUACACUAUUUAAUGAACAAAUAUCUCAAGGCAAUGCGACCAUCGUUGCUCAUUCGAGAUGUUUACCUUCAUUUAAACAUAAGACUCAACCUCAAAAUGGUCGUAAAAACUUUAUUGCUUUCGUCCUUCGAGUACUGCUUUUAAGGAUAAGAAACCUUAGACAAGACUGCAAGAUAAUUCAAGCGAUUGCUACUAAAAAAAAGAAAAAGACAAAAAGGGAAAAAAUUAUACAAUCUUUCAGGAUUACUGCUUCGAAAGCCGUUGUGCUGAAACCUUUUGCAGGUUAUCUUAUAGCUCCUACUCUUCGUGAUGAAAAACAGAGAAGCGGAAGCUUAAAUCAAGAAACGACGGAGUUGAAAUUGAGACAAAUUUGA